AUGAAGAUUUCUGUCCUCUUUGUUUCAUUUUUCUUUCUGGCUCCAGUGCCACCAGUGAAAUGUGCCAUGAGAGACACCUAUAACUGCUUUCUCAAGAAAGGCAACUGCAGAUUUGAGUGCCAUGAAUUUGAAAAACCAGUUGGUUUCUGCACAAAACUGAAGGCCAACUGUUGUAUGUUGAAGUCUGAAAUAUAA